AGUGUCUUCAGUCCGGCAGCUGACGUGGAGCUGCGGGUCGGAUGUGUGUACAUUAGAGAGUGGAACUCAGUCCUCACUCUUUUCAUCCAAAACAUUCCUGAAAAUGAUAAAGAAAUUUGAUAAAAAGGACGAGGAGGCGGGAAGUGGCUCCAACCCGUUUCAGCAUCUGGAGAAGAGUGCUGUCCUGCAAGAGGCUCGCAUCUUCAACGAGACUCCCAUCAACCCACGAAGAUGCCUCCACAUCCUGACAAAAAUCAUCUACCUGCUCAACCAGGGUGAGCACUUUGGAACCACGGAGGCGACUGAAGCUUUCUUUGCCAUGACCAGGCUCUUCCAGUCGAAUGAUCAAACACUGCGAAGGAUGUGCUACCUAACCAUCAAGGAGAUGGCAAACAUCUCCGAGGACGUCAUCAUUGUUACGAGCAGUCUGACCAAAGACAUGACUGGUAAAGAGGAUGUGUAUCGAGGCCCUGCCAUCAGAGCGCUCUGCAGGAUCACUGAUACCACCAUGCUGCAAGCCAUCGAGCGAUACAUGAAGCAGGCCAUAGUGGACAAAGUGCCCAGUGUGUCCAGCUCUGCUCUCGUCUCUUCUCUGCACAUGGUGAAGAUGAGCUAUGAUGUAGUAAAGCGUUGGGUUAAUGAAGCUCAGGAAGCAGCGUCCAGUGAUAACAUCAUGGUGCAGUACCAUGCCCUGGGCUUGCUCUAUCACCUGAGGAAGAACGACCGCCUCGCUGUCACCAAGAUGCUUAAUAAGUUCACCAAGUCGGGCCUCAAGUCUCCGUUUGCCUACUGCAUGCUGAUCCGCAUCGCCAGUAAGCUGCUGGAGGAGACUGAGGGAGGACAUGACAGCCCACUGUUUGACUUCAUCGAGAGCUGUUUGAGGAAUAAGCAUGAGAUGGUGGUGUAUGAAGCAGCCUCGGCCAUCGUCCACAUGCCCAACUGCACCGCCCGAGAGCUCGCCCCUGCUGUGUCUGUGCUCCAGCUCUUCUGCAGUUCACCGAAAGCAGCGCUACGUUAUGCAGCCGUGAGGACCCUCAAUAAAGUGGCGAUGAAGCACCCAUCUGCAGUGACUGCUUGUAACCUGGACCUGGAGAACCUAAUCACUGAUUCGAACCGCAGCAUUGCUACUCUGGCCAUCACCACACUGCUGAAGACGGGCAGCGAGAGCAGUGUGGACCGGCUGAUGAAACAGAUCUCCUCCUUCGUUUCUGAGAUCUCUGACGAGUUCAAGGUGGUGGUGGUCCAAGCUAUCAGUGCCCUGUGCCAGAAGUAUCCCAGGAAGCACAGUGUGAUGAUGAACUUCUUGUCUAACAUGCUGAGAGAUGAUGGUGGCUUUGAGUACAAGCGUGCGAUCGUGGACUGCAUCAUCAGCAUCAUUGAGGAGAACCCUGAGAGUAAGGAGACGGGUCUGGCUCACCUGUGCGAGUUUAUUGAAGACUGCGAGCACACGGUUCUGGCCACCAAGAUCCUGCACCUGCUGGGGAAAGAGGGCCCUCGCACCCCCUCGCCGUCCAAAUACAUUCGCUUCAUAUUCAACCGCGUGGUGCUCGAGAGCGAGGCGGUCCGAGCAGCUGCUGUGAGCGCUCUGGCUAAGUUUGGAGCACAGAACGAUGACCUGCUGCCCAGCGUGCUGGUCCUGAUGCAGAGGUGCAUGAUGGACAGUGAUGAUGAGGUGAGGGACAGAGCCACAUUCUACAUGAACGUCCUGCAGCAGAAACAAAAGGCUCUGAACGCUGCGUACAUCUUUAAUGGUUUGUCUGUGUCCGUUCCUGGCCUGGAGAAAUCACUCCAUCAGUACACGCUGGAGCCGUCGGAGAAACCAUUCGACAUGAAGACGGUUCCUCUGGCUACUGCACCAAUCACAGAGCAGAAGACAGAAAUCGCACCAGUGGCUACGAGUAAAGCUCCUGAAAAACUGGCACCUUCUCGCCAAGACAUUUACCAAGAGCAACUCUCCACCAUUUCCGAGUUCCAGGGUCUCGGUCCUCUGUUCAAGUCCUCUGAGCCGGUGCAGCUGACGGAGGCGGAGACGGAAUACGUGGUUCGCUGCAUCAAACACACGUUCGCUGGUCACCUGGUGUUCCAGUUUGAUUGCACCAACACGCUGAACGACCAGCUCCUGCAGCGCGUCCUGGUGCAGAUGGAGCCGUCCGAGGCUUAUGAAGUGGUGCAUCACGUCCCGGCUCCCAGCCUGCCUUACAACCAGCCUGGUUCCUGCUACACACUCGUCCGCCUGCCAGAUGACGACCCCACAGCAGUGUCCUGUACGUUCAGCUGUACGAUGAAAUAUCUGGUGCGUGACUGCGAUCCAAACACCGGCGAGCCUGACGAUGAUGGUUACGAUGACGAAUACGUGCUGGAGGAUCUAGAAGUGACCGUAGCAGACCACAUCCAGAAAGUCCUGAAGCCGAACUUCGGUGCGGCGUGGGAGGAGGUCGGAGCCGACUUCGAGAAGGAGGAGACGUUCGCUCUGGCUUCAGUCAGGACUCUGGAAGAGGCCGUCAACAACAUCAUCAGCUUCCUGGGCAUGCAGCCGUGUGAACGUUCAGACAAGGUGCCCGAAAACAAGAACUCUCACGUCCUCUUCCUCGCCGGUGUGUUCCGGGGAGGUUAUGACGUGCUGGUGCGUGCGCGCCUCGCCCUCGCUGAUGGAGUUACCAUGCAGGUGACGGUGCGAAGUGCAGACGAGAACGUUGUCGAUGUCAUUCUGGCCUCUGUGGGUUAAGAGAACGGGGUGAAUCCUGGUGGUGAUGUCACAUGCCAAUCCCAGUCGGUCCUUCAUUCGAAUUCACCUGUAUGUUUGUAUUCCUUGCACAUCUCUCUCUGACUUUUUUUUUUUUUUCCAGUGAUGCAAAAGUAAUUGAGCGAAUAUUUUAUUUACUUUAAGCUGAGGGCACAUUUAGCUUCAUUUCUGUUUAUGGGCAAUAUUUGUUAAAUCCAGAGUGUCUUUUCCAGUGAUGAAUAAACAAGAAACAAACAUG